AUGAGUUCUCGAUCUUCAUAUUCUUGUUUCUCUUGUUUUCACUUGUUCUUACUUGUUGUUUUGGCCUUGUUUUGUUUAUGCUCAUCUAAUCAAAACUCUCAUUGCAAUGACGUUGAGAGACAAGCACUUCUCCGGUUCAAGCAUGGCCUCACUGAUGAAUCACAACAACUCGCUUCGUGGGUUGCUGAGAACAAGGACUGCUGUACAUGGGCUGGGAUAGCUUGUGAUAAUUCUACAGGUCAUGUUCAUCGUAUUCAUCUUCCUGGAUUUGAUGGUCAUUGUAAUAUCGUAUAUCAUAGCAUAAAAGAGUACGGAGAAGCCUUGAAGCAGAAAUUGAAAGGGGAUAUAAGUCGAUCUUUGUUGGAUCUAAAGCAACUCAAGCAUCUGGAUUUGAGUUGCAAUGAUUUUGGAGGCAUCCAAGUUCCUAAAUUCAUUGGUUCUUUUCAAAACCUAAGGUACCUUAACCUUUCACGUUCCAAUUUUAGCGGAACAAUCCCUCCACAACUAGGGAAUCUCUCAGAAUUACAUAUUCUGUCUCUUGGAAGUUUUCAUCAUCCAUCUGAAACAACGAGCAUGGUGAAUAUGAAGUGGUUGUCAAGUCUUGGUAUGUUGCAUCACCUCGAUAUGAGUGGCGUGGACCUUAGCAAAGCAACCGAUUGGCUUCAGGUGAUUAACACCCUUCCCUCUUUGGUCCAGCUAUAUUUGUCUGUAUGUGAACUCUCAAAUCUACACAUGUAUGUUCCUAGUGUCAAUCUCACAUCCCUUUCUGUUCUUGAUCUUUCUCAAAACUAUUUUGACAGUGCAGUAUCACAAUGGAUAUUCAGUGUAACUAGUCUAGUUUCAUUGGAUUUAACUGAGUGUCGUUUACAUGGUCCUAUUCCUAGCUUCCGCAAUCUGACUUCUCUUGAGUUGCUUCAUGUUGCCGAGAAUGAUUUCAUGAAUUCUUCCUCAAUAUUUCAAGAGUUGUCCAGUAGUAAUCUCAUCUCGUUAGAUAUUGGAAGUUGUGGUAUUUCAAGUUCACUUCUAGAUUCCCUUCAAAAUCUAACAAAUCUUAUUAGCCUCGACUUGUCUGGAAAUCAACUCACUAAGAGAAUACCUAAAUCAUUGGGUAAUUUUUGUAAUUUAAGAGAAAUUGAUUUGUCGUAUAACAAUAUUGGAAAUAUUAGUUUAACAUAUUUUCUUGAAAGUUUUUUCGAGUGCAAAUCAUCUGCCUUGGAGUCAUUAUCCUUGUCUGAGAACUAUAUAACUGGUAUAAUUCCUCAUUCCAUAGGAAACUUGUCAUUUCUCAGAACAUUAGAUCUUACUGAUAAUCAAAUUUCUGGUCCCAUUCCAUACUCAAUUGGACAAUUAUCAUCAUUGGAGGAGUUGUAUAUUGGGUCAAACCGACUGGAUGGCAUCCUUCCUGAUAGCCUCGGACAACUUUCAAAGUUGACUUAUUUAGAUUUUUCUCAUAAUUUGCUAACAGGUGUUGUGACAGAAGCCCACUUUAUCAAACUAGUGAGCUUAAAGUAUCUAGAUGGAUCAGCUAACAAACUAAUCUUAAUGCUGCAUGUUGCAAACUGGAUCCCCCCUUUCCAGUUGGGAACCUUGUCUCUGAGAAAUUGGGUUUUAGGGCCUCAAUUUCCAUUGUUGUUGCAAUCACAGAAGGAUUUAGAGAUAUUAGACAUAAGCAACACAGGCAUUUCAUCGCCCAUGCCCGAAUCAUUUGUGACAUCAUUCUCCUAUCUACUCUUUUUGAAUAUGUCAAAUAAUCAUAUCCGAGGACCAUUAACGUUCUCUGGUAUCCCUGCCACACUUGAAUUUAUUGACAUUAGCUCGAAUGGGUUUUGGGGGUCGUUACAUCCUUUGUUGUGUUCUAGUGGUGUGACAAGUAUGUUAUUUCUUAAUUUGGGAAAUAAUAAUUUGUCAGGUGACAUUCCGGAGUGUUGGGAGAAAUGGCCAAUGUUGGAAUUCUUAAAUUUGGAGAAUAACAGUUUGUCUGGUGAGAUUCCAAGAACAUUGGGUUCUUUACGUUUACAGUAUAUCAACAUGCGUGGGAACAAGAUCUCCGGAAGAUUGCAUUCUUCUCUAAUGAACUUAACAGAACUAGAUGUUCUUGAACUUGGAAGGAAUGAACUUACUGGAAGCAUUCCAACAUGGAUUGGAACAAAAGUUACUCGUUUAAGAAUUCUUAACCUUAGAUCAAACCGUUUUGACGGAAAUAUUCCUAAUGAGCUUUGUCAUAUUAGACAUAUUCAAAUAUUAGAUCUUGCUCAUAACAACCUAUCUGGAAAUAUUCCGAUAUGCUUCAACAACUUUAGUAUCCUUUCCGGCAUCGAAAGCAAUUUAGGAGAUGACUUUGCUUACGUUAGUAUUGUUGCACGUGAAAGACCUAUCGCUGGUGAGUCAUUGGUGACGAAUGGACGAGAGGAUACAUAUUGCAGUAUUCUUCCAUUAGUGAUGUUGAUAGACCUUUCGAGUAACAAUCUCACCGGAUACAUUCCUAUUGAGCUAAUGUCCCUCUUGGAGUUAACAUCGUUGAAUUUAUCAAGAAAUCAAUUAAGUGGAAGUAUCCCAGAGAAGAUCGGAAACAUGAAAGAACUGAUAUCUUUAGAUUUAUCCGUAAAUAGGCUUUCCGGGGAACUUCCCAUGAGCUUGUCAAGUUUACAUUUCUUGAGUAGCUUCAACGUGUCCUUCAACAAUUUGACAGGAAUAAUUCCAACAGGUACACAACUUCAAAGCUUCACUGAGUCUAGCUUCUUUGGCAACAAACUUUGCGGAGCUCCACUAACUAAAACUAAUGGUUGUGAACUGGUUAAAGCAGCAAGUCAUACAAUAGGAGAGAAAAAAGAAGACGAUGGAGCAGAUUGGGGGUUGAUUGUAAGCAUGGUGGUUGGAUUUGUUUGUGGAUUUUGGAUGAUUAUGGGUCCAUUGAUAGUGAGAAGAUCAUGGAGGAUUGCAUAUUUUGGUUUCCUGAGUAAAUUGAGAGAGAUUGAUUUGUGGUAUAACAAUAUUGGAAAUAUUAGUUUAACAUAUUUUCUUGAAAGUUUUUUCGAGUGCAAAUCAUCUGCCUUGGAGUCAUUAUCCUUGUCUGAGAACUAUAUAACUGGUAUAAUUCCUCAUUCCAUAGGAAACUUGUCAUUUCUCAGAACAUUAGAUCUUACUGAUAAUCAAAUUUCUGGUCCCAUUCCAUACUCAAUUGGACAAUUAUCAUCAUUGGAGGAGUUGUAUAUUGGGUCAAACCGACUGGAUGGCAUCCUUCCUGAUAGCCUCGGACAACUUUCAAAGUUGACUUAUUUAGAUUUUUCUCAUAAUUUGCUAACAGGUGUUGUGACAGAAGCCCACUUUAUCAAACUAGUGAGCUUAAAGUAUCAAGAUGGAUCAGCUAACAAACUAAUCUUAAUGCUGCAUGUUGCAAACUGGAUCCCCCCUUUCCAGUUGGGAACCUUGUCUCUGAGAAAUUGGGUUUUAGGGCCUCAAUUUCCAUUGUUGUUGCAAUCACAGAAGGAUUUAGAGAUAUUAGACAUAAGCAACACAGGCAUUUCAUCGCCCAUGCCCGAAUCAUUUGUGACAUCAUUCUCCUAUCUACUCUUUUUGAAUAUGUCAAAUAAUCAUAUCCGAGGACCAUUAACGUUCUCUGGUAUUCCUGCCACACAUGAAUUUAUUGACAUUAGCUCGAAUGGGUUUUGGGGGUCGUUACAUCCUUUGUUGUGUUCUAGUGGUGUGACAAGUAUGUUAUUUCUUAAUUUGGGAAAUAAUAAUUUGUCAGGUGACAUUCCAGAGUGUUGGGAGAAAUGGUCAAUGUUGGAAUUCUUAAAUUUGGAGAAUAACAGUUUGUCUGGUGAGAUUCCAAGAACAUUGGGUUCUUUACGUUUACAGUAUAUCAACAUGUGUGGGAACAAGAUCUCCGGAAGAUUGCAUUCUUCUCUAAUGAACUUAACAGAACUAGAUGUUCUUGAACUUGGAAGGAAUGAACUUACUGGAAGCAUUCCAACAUGGAUUGGAACAAAAGUUACUCAUCUUGCUCAUAACAACCUAUCUGGAAAUAUUCCGAUAUGCUUCAACAACUUUAGUAUCCUUUCCGGCAUCGAAAGCAAUUUAGGAGAUGACUUUGCUUACGUUAGUAUUGUUGCACGUGAAAGACCUAUCGCUGGUGAUUCAUUGGUGACGAAUGGACGAGAGGAUACAUAUUGCAGUAUUCUUCCAUUAGUGAUGUUGAUAGACCUUUCGAGUAACAAUCUCACCGGAUACAUUCCUAUUGAGCUAAUGUCCCUCUUGGAGUUAACAUCGUUGAAUUUAUCAAGAAAUCAAUUAAGUGGAAGUUCCCAGAGAAGAUCGGAAACAUGA